AUGCCAAAUGCUACUAGUCCGACAUCUGAGGCUCUUCCUUCUCCACAGCUGGCUGGACUCGAAGCCUCUCCCCAGUCAGACGUCCUUGUGGCUCUCUCUCACCAACAAAACACCCCGGAUUCUGACAUCUCAGGAACAGUUGAUGAGCGUGCUCAAGACUUUGAUCAGGCCAAGCAAAAACUUAUGAGCAUGGUGGAAAGUUUUGCCAAAGAACAUGGUUUUGAGGCUGCACUAGUGAUGGCCGGUAGCUCAUUGAAUCGAAAUGCAUCACUCACUCUUGUUCACACUACUGCAGGUGCUACGGAUUUCUUCCGUGUCCGUUGCUGCAUGGAUGAUGAUCAGAUGACAAGUAAUUUUAAAACUCACAUCUAUAAUCGACACUCCUUCCAUACAAUAGCGAGAGCCUUUGGUAGCAAUAUUGCAGAAGAGCACACUGCGCCGGGGAAUGAAGCUGACCACAGCCGCAAAGAUGCCCACACGGCUGGCUUGGGCAAGGCCACAGAUGAUAUUAACCUGAUUAGAAAGUUGAUAUCGGCUUAA